GGGCGCGCGCGGGAAAUGGAGCUGAGAGGGGGGCCCGAUCCCGUCAGGAGAAGGAAAAAGCGCAAAAAGGACAAAAAACCGAAAGCACCCCCAAGAAUGCCCCGCACCUGCCCCCCCUCCCCCUCCCCAGCUCGGGGGGGCUUCCCAGCGCUCCCCUGGGAACAUUCCCGGCUCUUCUGCCGCUCUGGGACCACCCUGGGACCCCUCCCCAGCAUGGGAGAGACCCCCGAAGGGACCAGGACCCCCACCCCCCCCGGACAGGUGCCCCCCGCCCCUCCCCCGGCGCUGCCCGAGGCUCUGCUGGGCUCGGACGAGGGCGAGCAGGAAGACCCCCGCGAUUACUGCAAAGGGGGGUAUUACCCGGUUCGCAUCGGGGACCUUUUCCACGGGCGCUACCACGUGGUUCGCAAGCUGGGCUGGGGACAUUUCUCCACCGUGUGGCUCUGCUGGGACCUGCGGAGGAAACGUUUUGUGGCGUUGAAGGUGGUGAAAAGCGCCCCCCAAUACACUGAGACAGCCCUGGAUGAGAUCAAACUGCUGAAAUGUGUGAGGGAUUCAGACCCCAGCGACCCCAAGAGAGAGAACAUCGUGCAGCUCAUCGACGAUUUCAGGAUUUCGGGGGUCAACGGCGUCCACGUUUGCAUGGUGCUGGAGGUGCUGGGGCACCAACUGCUGCGCUGGAUCAUCAAAUCCAACUACCAGGGGCUGCCCCUGCCCUGCGUCAAGAGCAUCGUCAGGCAGGUGCUGGAGGGCCUGGAUUACCUGCACACCAAGUGCAAGAUCAUCCACACCGACAUCAAGCCCGAGAACGUCCUGCUCUGUGUCCAGGAGCCCUUCCUGAGGCACCUGGCGGCCGAGGCCGCGCGCUGGGCACGGGGGGACGGCCCCCCCCGCAGUGCAGUGAGCUCAGCACCGCAGGAGGAACCUGAGCGCCUCUCCCGGGCCCAGCGGCGCCGGCGCCGGCGGCGGCAGCGGCGGCAGCGGCUGCUCCUGAGCCAGAGACUGCGGGACCUGGAGCAGCUCGGGGACAGCGAGGGGACACCGGGGACAGCGAGGGGACAGCGAGGGGACACCCCGGGGACAGCCAGUGACAUCGAAGCCCCCCAGGACCCCCCGGAGGAAUUUGGGGGGAGCCCCCCGAGCGGGGGCCUCGUCCUCGGGGGUGCACACGCUGCCGGCGGGGGGCUCCAGCGAUGGAUUCUCGGGGGGCUCCUGCGCCUCCAGGGGGGGCUCGGGACCCCCCCGGCGCCCCCCCAGCCCCAGCUCGGCCUCGGACUCCCUGUUCACCCCCACCUCCAGCUCCCUCAUUUCGGGGGGCUCCGAGGGGCUCCCCAACACCCUCGCACAAACACUUCACCGAGGACAUCCAGACCCGUCAGUACCGAGCCCUGGAGGUGCUGCUGGGGGCGGGGUACGGCCCCCCCGCCGACAUCUGGAGCACGGCCUGCAUGGCGUUCGAGCUGGGCCACGGGCGAUUACCUGUUCGAGCCUCACUCGGGGGAGGAGUACAGCCGUGACGAGGACCACAUUGCCCACGUGAUCGAGCUGCUGGGGGAGAUUCCCCGGCAUGUGGCGCUGGGCGGCCGCUACUCCCGGGAAUUCUUCAACCGGAGAGGUGAGCUGCGGCACAUCCGGCACCUGCGGCCCUGGGGGGCUGCGGGCGGUGCUGCAGGAGAAAUACGAGUGGCCGCGGGGGCCGGCGGCCGCCUUCGCCCGAUUCCUGCGGCCAAUGCUGGCCUUCGAGCCCGCCGCAGAGCCACGGCCCAGCAGUGCCUGCAGCACCCCUGGCUCCGCCCCUGACACGCCCACGGACACGAUAAACCACGGCCUCGGUGUUUCUUGGGGUCCUGGGAAGGGGUUUUUGGGGUUCUCUGGGAGUUUCUGGGGUUCUCUGGGGGUUUUUUGGGGUGAUCCAAAUGGCCACGGCCCAGCAGU